CAUCAGGUCGCGGAGGAGGAGUUUGUUAAUGUACAGUUUGCUCAGUGGAUCGAUGUUUGCUGGCAUCGCCUCGCCCUGCCUGUGUCUGUCUGUCUGUGUGUGUGCUUGCUUGCGCGUGUGUGGUGCGUGUGUGUGUAUGUGUGUGCGUGCGUGCGUGUGAACACCAGAUUUCCUUUCCAUCCAAAAGCUUCUCUGUCCUCUUCCAUAUCACUCACAACCUGGCAUCUGACAGCAGCAAACCUGCAGGUUUUUUUUUUUUUUUGCUCAGCAAACACACACCAAUCCGCCAUACAGAUCUACGCGAAGGAGGCGGCGAGGAGUAGGGGGGGGGGAUUAAAGAGAAGGGGGGGCAGGAAGGGGAAAAAAAAAGAGGAUAGCAAAAACCCUACACCCGAGCUGCUUCCCCCCCCCUAAAAAAAUCAAGAGAUAUACUUUGCAUUUUUUUUAUCCACUGAAAACAUCCCCCCCCCCCUUCACUAUCAGCACUGUGAAGGUUUCCUUCGCGCUGGAGCUCCCUUUUUGCAUCAAAGCAAGUCUUGCAACAGUUCAAACAAAACAAGAGAGAGAGAGAGACCCAAAAAAAAGAAGCAGCCCCCCCCCACCCCGCACCGCUGAUCUUUAAAAAAAAAAAAAAAAUCCUGUAAGAAUAAGAAUCCGAACAGGUUGAUCUCGUCACUGAAGUGCCAAAGGAGACAGAAGGGUGCUCGCUGCUGCUGUCGCCGCCGCCACCGCUGGGUUUGUCGGGGAGGGAAAAGCAGCCGAGGGGAGAAGGGGAGAGAGGAGGAAAAAAAGACUCACAGGGCGAGAGAGAGAGACUGAAAACAAGCCCCGCGAGCUUCCGAGGGCUCUCGGAUCUGGGAAGAGAAGUACGCUUGGAGAAAGUACAGCGAUGCCAAGGAGGAAACAGCAGGCACCUAAGCGGGCAGCAGGUUACGUCCAAGAAGAUAAUCUGAAAGAUGACGAAGACAUAAAAGAGGAAGAAGAGGAUGAUGAUGAGAGCAAUUCAACCGCUCAUCUUCAGGGCAGCAAUGACCCUGGCACAGACGAAGAACAUGACGUGGGUCCUGAUCUGAAAGGAAGCUUUAGCUACCAGAAUUCUCCAGUCAGUCACAUCUCCAACCAGGACGUUGAAAAUGAAUCGCUGUUAAGUGAUGCUAGUGACCAGGUGGCAGACAUCAAAACCCUUUGCUCUAGAGAGACACAGGACUCCAAAGCCAAUGCCCAGCCCAAACUUCCCAGCGAAGCACAUAGCUGCAUGGAUAAAAUGACAGCAGUUUAUGCCAACAUCCUUUCAGACUCUUAUUGGACAGGAUUGGGGUUAGGACUCAAGCUGUCCACUUCAGAGAAGAGAGGGUGUGACCACAGAAAUGGGGCGAGCAAAAGUGAGUUCGAUUGGCAUCAAGAUGCCUUGACCAAAAGCCUGCAGCAGAGCUUACCCACCAGGCCUGUCUCAAAACCAAACCUUUUCAGCUCUGUGCAGCUAUACAGGCAGAGCAGUAAGAUGUGCGGGACUGUCUUUACAGGCGCCAGUCGGUUCAGGUGCCGGCAGUGCAGCGCUGCCUACGAUACCUUGGUGGAGCUCACGGUUCAUAUGAACGAGAGUGGUCAUUACCAAGAUGACAACCAUAAAAAAGACAAGCACAGGCCUACGAGCUACUCCAAGCCCCGCAAAAGGGCCUUCCAGGACAUGGAUAAAGAAGAUGCCCAGAAAGUUUUAAAAUGCAUGUUCUGCGGUGACUCCUUUGAUUCCCUGCAAGAUCUAAGUGUUCAUAUGAUCAAAACAAAACACUACCAAAAAGUGCCUUUGAAGGAGCCAGUCCCUACCAUUUCUUCCAAAAUGGUGACUCCCGCGAAGAAACGUGUCUUCGACGUCAACAGACCUUGCUCCCCAGACUCUACCACCGGGUCAUUUGCAGAUACCUUUUCUUCUCAGAAGAAUGCCAACCUGCAGUUGUCGUCUAACAAUCGCUACGGUUACCAGAAUGGUGCCAGUUACACAUGGCAAUUUGAAGCAUGCAAAUCACAGAUUCUGAAGUGCAUGGAAUGCGGGAGUUCCCACGAUACCUUGCAGCAGCUUACAACGCACAUGAUGGUCACAGGUCAUUUCCUGAAAGUCACAAGCUCAGCCUCAAAGAAAGGGAAACAACUUGUUUUGGAUCCCCUAGCUGUGGAGAAAAUGCAGUCGCUCUCUGAGGCACCAAGUAGUGACGCUCCACUUUCCAAAACUUCGAGUAAUGCAGCUACAGAGCCUGCAGCUCCUGCUUCAGAGCUGAAAAAAGAAAGCAAGCAAGGGAAACCUGAGGAAAUAAACAAAGACGACAAAGUAGUCAAGAAUGAAGAUUAUGAAGACACCCUUCAGAAACCAAUGGAUCCUACCAUGAAGUACCAGUAUCUUAGAGAGGAAGAUUUAGAAGAUGCUUCAAAAGGUGGUGGAGACAUCUUGAAGUCUUUAGAAAAUACAGUCACCACGGCCAUCAACAAAGCUCAAAAUGGAGCCCCCAGUUGGAGUGCAUAUCCUAGCAUCCAUGCAGCUUAUCAGCUCUCUGAAGGAUCUAAGCCUUCCUUGCCAGUGGGGUCCCAAGUUCUCCAAGUCAGGCCAACUGUUACAAAUAAACUGAGGCCUAUUGCACCCAAAUGGAAGGUGAUGCCUCUGGUUCCUGUCUCAACCAACAUGGCCCAAUGCACUCAAGUGAAGAAGGAAGCAGAUGCCAAAAAGGAAAUGCAAAAGGACUACCUUAAAGAGGGGAACAAAGUGGAUACGACCCCUAACAGUCAGAAUGAAGGAGAAUCCCUCCCUCAAGAUGAAGUAUGUAUAGAACCCAAAAGGCCAGAUCCAAGUCCCUUGAAGGAGGAGGACCCAGCAAUAGAAGAUGAGGAGAAAGAAAAAAUGAAAACAAAGGAGCCAGCAACAUUGUCGCUCAGCAAUGGGUGUGCUGCCCCUAACCACUCCCCCGACUUGCCUUGUUUAAAUCCACUGAGUGCCCUGCAAUCUGUGCUGAACAACCACUUGGGUAAAGCAAAUGAGCCUUUGAGGCCUCAGUCCAAUUCCAGCCCCACUUCGAGUUCGGUCUCUGUGUUCCAUAAGCCUAAUUUAAACAUGAUGGAGAAGCCAGUUUUAUCUCCUGCCCCGACGCCACCCAAAUCUGCAGGUGUUCCCUCCAGGCGUUACGUGUUUGAAAACAACGACCAGCCAAUAGACCUGACCAAAUCUAAAAGCAAGAAAGAAGCAUCGGCUAAAGCACAAUCUUGCACCUCCCCGUCUCAGAAGCACGCACUGUCCGACAUUGCAGACAUGGUCAAAGUUCUCCCCAAAGCUACGACACCAAAACCUGCUUCCUCAUCUAGGAUCCCACCAAUGAAACUGGAAAUGGACAUCCGGCGUUUCGAAGAUGUCUCAAUGGAAGUCUCCACUUUACACAAAAGAAAGGGAAGGCAGUCCAACUGGAAUCCUCAGCACCUCCUCAUCUUGCAAGCCCAGUUUGCUUCCAGUCUCUUCCAAACAUCCGAAGGUAAAUAUUUAUUGUCAGAUUUGGGCCCUCAAGAACGCAUGCAGAUCUCUAAAUUUACUGGACUGUCCAUGACGACCAUCAGCCACUGGUUGGCCAAUGUCAAGUACCAGCUCAGAAAAACUGGAGGGACAAAGUUUUUGAAAAACAUGGAUAAAGGACACCCCAUCUUUUAUUGCAGUGACUGUGCAUCUCAGUUUAGAACCCCAUCAACGUACAUCAGCCAUUUAGAAUCCCAUCUAGGGUUCCAAAUGAAAGACAUGAACAAGUUGGCUGUGGAGCAGCAAACCAAGGUAGAGCAAGAAAUCUCCAGAGUUUCAGUUCAGAGAUCUCCCGAGACAAUAGCUGGGGAAGAGGACACAGACUCUAAGUUCAAAUGUAAGUUGUGCUCUCGGACAUUUGUGAGCAAACAUGCAGUAAAGCUUCAUCUAAGCAAAACACACAGCAAGUCACCAGAACACCAUUCACAGUUUGUAGCAGAAGUGGAUGAAGAAUAACUCCUAAGGACCAAUGCCUUAACCCCCAGCUUCUCCCACCCUGACUGCCCACCCUGACUGCCCACCUCCGUCCGCCGCGCCACUCCUGACAUUGAACUUCCAACAACCCGGACCGAGAAGACUGCCAAAAGAAUAAUAAAAAUCUCCAGCUAUUCUUCUUCAUCCUCACUAACAAUUUGGUAAUGAAGUAUUGAUUUCCACUCCCCUGCUUAUGGACGAUAUUAGAUUUUCAUUGAUAAACUGCUCCGAGGCCGUCUCGUCUCCACUGUCCCUUUUUGCUGUCACUAAAACAAAGUACCACUGAAGUAGGAUAAUGACUGAGAACAUUGAUGUACUUAUUUUGUCAAUUUGUAACACUCGACAGGAAAAAAAUAGUAUAAUUCUUCAUAGUUUAAUGUCCAGACGUGUUCCACAAGAUGCAGGCGCAUUGGAAGCUCUGCUCUUCAUGGUAAUGUCCGUUUCCUAUUUAUAACCCCUUUGGGAUAGUUUGUCUAAAGGAAAUGUUUCAAUUCAGUGCUGCUAUUACUGAUGCACCUGGGUUGCCCAAUCCAGUCAUUGCACUAGGGAUCAAUACAUCACCAUAAGGAGAAGAAUUAUUAAGUUAAAACAUAUCCCGAGCCAAAAAAACUCCGAAAACGUUCAUCUUCCCAGCGAGUUGUUCAAAUAGUUAUGGUUAACCAUGUUGCUGCCAAAGAUUUGUUGAAAAUGGAUUGUUUUCAGGUCCAUUGCUCAUGUUGUAUUUUCUUUCUAAUUUUU